AUGAUAGAACUGGCGGAUGAAAUCGAGAAGUUCAAAUUAUCCUCUGCGACCCUUGCCACCGAGGUGGAGGUUUAUAGUACCAUACAUUACAUAAACCUCACACCCUUAUCCCCUCUCACUCAGCCUCUGUACCCCUACUUCUCUCUCCGAAAUCCCUCCUCUCUUUCUCUUCUUCUCUCCGCCACCACUUCCACAGCCGAAGUGAUGGCCUGUUCUUCUUCUUUCAUCGGUGUUUCCUCCAUAUACCAAACCCCAUCUCUCGAACUCUCCAAAAGACCCCUCACAACCCCUCCCUUAUCUCUUCCUUUUAGCUCCGAAAAGUCCCAUUUCAAUGGGUUGAAAACUUUUUCUACUCAUUUUCGUCCCAAACAGGUCGGUGGUGGUGCUAAUUCGUUUGUUGCUUCGGCGGUUGUGACCCCAAAUUCCUCGGUUUUGAGUGAAGAGGCGUUUAAGGGACUUGGUGGGUUUGGUAGGGAUUCUUUGAAUGUUAGUGAUAGUGAAUAUGAAUCUGAAGCUGAGGUGGUGGAGUCUGGAAGUGGUAGUCGGGAUGAAUUGGCUAUUUCGAAGCUGGGUUUACCUCAGAAGCUUGCAGAGACACUCGAGAGUCGAGGGAUUAAUAACCUGUUCCCUAUUCAAAGAGCUGUGUUAGUACCAGCUUUGGAAGGUCGAGAUAUAAUUGCUCGUGCAAAGACUGGGACAGGGAAGACACUAGCAUUUGGGAUUCCGAUACUUAAACGAAUUAGCGAAGAUGAUGAGGAAAGAGGUUCUCAGAGGCGGGGACGGCUUCCAAGGGUGUUGGUCCUUGCACCAACUAGGGAGCUAGCAAAGCAAGUAGAGAAGGAGAUGAAAGAGUCUGCACCAUAUUUGAACACCGUUUGUGUCUAUGGAGGAGUUUCUUAUAACACGCAGCAAAAUGCUCUUUCACGUGGAGUUGAUGUGGUAGUUGGAACCCCAGGGAGAAUAAUUGACCUCAUCAACAGCAACAGCCUCAAACUGGGGGAAGUCCAGUAUUUGGUUCUCGAUGAAGCUGAUCAAAUGCUUGCUGUUGGGUUUGAGGAGGAUGUGGAAGUGAUUCUACAAAAGCUUCCAUCAGAGAGGCAAAGCAUGCUUUUUUCAGCAACCAUGCCGGGAUGGGUAAAGAAGUUGGCUAGGAAAUAUUUGGACAAUCCUUUGACCAUUGAUUUGGUUGGUGACCAAGAAGAAAAGCUGGCAGAGGGGAUCAAGCUAUAUGCCAUAUCAACUACUACAACGUCAAAGCGGACCAUUCUUAGUGAUCUUGUAUCGGUCUAUGCAAAGGGUGGGAAGACCAUUGUUUUUACACAGACAAAACGAGAUGCAGAUGAAGUCUCAAUUGUAUUAACGAACAGCAUCACUUCUGAAGCUCUGCAUGGUGACAUAUCUCAACACCAGAGAGAGAGAACACUAAAUGGAUUUAGACAAGGAAAAUUUACUGUUCUUGUUGCCACUGAUGUCGCAGCUCGUGGGCUUGAUAUCCCUAAUGUUGAUUUGGUCAUCCACUAUGAACUACCCAACGAUCCAGAGACUUUUGUGCAUCGUUCUGGUCGGACCGGACGUGCAGGAAAAGAAGGCACAGCCCUUCUGAUGUUCACUAGUAGCCAGAGAAGAACAGUAAGAUCUCUUGAGCAUGAUGUGGGGUGCAAGUUUGAAUUUAUCAGCCCACCUGCUAUCACUGAGGUCUUGGAGUCAUCAGCUGAGCAAGUAGUUGCCACACUUGGUGGAGUUCAUCCUGAGUCUGUGGAGUACUUCACCCCAACUGCCCAAAAAUUGAUGGAGGAAAAAGGAAUAGAUGCUCUUGCCGCUGCACUAGCACACUUGAGUGGUUUUUCUCAACCUCCAUCUUCUCGUUCUCUUAUUACUCAUGAGCAGGGAUGGGUGACAUUGCAGCUGACACGUGAUCCUGGUUAUUCUAGAGGUUUCAUGUCUGCUAGAUCAGUCACUGGGCUUCUGUCUGAUAUAUAUUCUGCUGCUGCUGAUGAAGUUGGAAAAAUACUCCUAAUUGCAGAUGAAAGGGUUCAAGGAGCAGUUUUUGAUCUUCCGGAGGAGAUUGCAAAAGAGCUAUUAAAUAAGCAGAUACCGCCAGGGAACACUAUUUCCAAAAUCACCAAGUUGCCUGCUUUGCAAGAUGAUGGGCCCCCAAGUGAUCUCUAUGGCAGAUUUUCAAACAGAGAUAGAUAUGCACGAGGAGGUUCAAGGGACCGCAGAGGUCCAAGAAUCUCCCGUACUCCGUUUAGUAGUCGAUUCUCAGAUGAUGACAACGAUGGGGAUAACUUCAGGCGUGGUGGUCGGGGUAGAAGUGACAAUAGUUGGUCUCGGAACUCAAGAAGCAGUGGGAGUGAUUGGCUAAUUGGUGAUAGACGAUCCAACCAGUCACCAUCCUUCGGGAGUAGGGACAGGAGCUUUGGAGGUGCAUGUUUCAACUGUGGAAGGGCUGGGCACAGGGCAUCAGAAUGCCCCAACAAGCAAGGCUAUUAGUUCUGUCCCCUGCUUCAUCAAGGUUUCGUGCCAUCGCUUGUGAAUUGGUGAAAGCUCCUGCUGCCGCUAAAUGGUGCUUUACUGUUUUGAUUCUGCACAGGGGCUCUUCAACAGGCCAGGGAGGUUGAGUGCAUUGCUCCUGUAGAAUGGCAGAUAAGCAGCUUCAAACUCUCGUCUCUCUGUUCACUCCAAUGCCUUCCAACGCCCACAACCAAAUAUGUAUUAUUUUUGGCUUCUUGAUUAGUUUGUAGGUUUUUGGCAAACAUUAUCUGUCUGUAAUGCUAUUUUAGCUGGCGACCUUACUUUAAAAUUGAUGCUUUUUAAGCAAAUGUCAAGGGUUAGUGUCAUUGAAGUAAAAAUGAAGCUGAAAUAGAAAAAAUUUCCAGGGACUAUUAUUGUGACAAUGCCAUAAUGUUUUAUUGAUGAUUCAGCCUUCUCAUCCCCUGUAACCCAGUGUAAUAGCUCAUUAC